UAUAGCAGCUUCACACUAGCAAACGAAAGGCUAUCAUGAAGUGAUACAUAUUGUCUGCUUAAUGGCAAUUUCAGAUACAAACUGCGCAGUUUUUCAUAAACUAAUACAAAUCUAAUAUUUUUCUCUAUAAAUACUAUGUUCAAGAGGAUGGCUGAAUUUGGUCCAGAUUCAGGCGGGCGUGUAAAGGGGGUGACGAUUGUAAAACCUAUUGUUUUUGGCAAUGUUGCCCGAUAUUUUGGAAAGAAAAGAGAAGAGGAUGGCCAUACUCAUCAGUGGACUGUAUAUGUGAAGCCUUAUAGAAAUGAGGAUAUGUCAGCUUAUGUGAAGAAAAUACAGUUCAAACUUCACGAGAGCUAUGGGAAUCCUUUAAGAGUGGUAACAAAGCCACCAUAUGAAAUAACCGAGACUGGCUGGGGGGAGUUUGAAAUCAUUAUAAAAAUCUUCUUUAUAGACCCAAAUGAGAGACCAGUUACCCUGUAUCACCUGCUGAAACUGUUUCAGUCGGACUCCAGUGCAAUGCCUAAGAAGACUGUUGUGUCAGAGUUCUAUGAUGAGAUGAUCUUUCAGGAUCCCACUGCCAUGAUGCAACAGCUUCUGAAUACCACCAGGCAGCUGACCCUUGGAGCCUACAAACAUGAGACGGAGUUUGCAGAACUGGAGAUGCGAACACGGGAAAAGCUCGAGGCUGCAAAGAAAAAGACAAGUCUGGAAAUUACUGAGCUGAAGGAAAAGCUGAAAGCCUCCAGAGAAAAUAUCAACUUCCUGAAGGAAGAAAUACGCAAACUGGAGGAGGAUGACCAGAUGAAGGAUCAUUGAUGACCAUGUAUGCAAAUCAGUGUAAUGGAGGCCAAGGGUCCUUGAGAGGCCUUGUGAACACACUGAACCCAUGUGGACUGUGGAAUCUUUAGGUGUUGGUAAAGUCACAUCACAUAGUGUUUGUCAGAAGGUGCCAAAGCUACCCAGUAGCAACUUGGCUUUCUACUUUAUUGUUAUUUAUAAUUUUGCUUAUUGGGCUUGGUCUCUGUAUCUCUAGCUCCAGGACAAAUCUCUGCUAGGUUCCUUGAAAACUUGAUUUGAUUAUUUUGAAGUGGAUUGUGAUGCUUUAAGACCAUUUAUGUCUGUUACAAAGUUGAUCCUUUUUAAAGUUGUCAAAUAUGUACACAUUUGUCUAUAAAACAAAGAAUUUGCAUCUGCAUGUUCGGAGAUUUUACAUAUGCAAAAAUGAACAGCCAAAAUGUUGUUUUUGAUAAAUUGUUUGUAUUUGAGGUGAUAUAUACACAGAAGUAUUCAUAACACACCUCUAUGGCAACCAUACUUAGCAUUAUAUUAAAUAUAUUUUGAAGCAGUAUUUCUUUGAAAAUAUGGGAGCUUUGAAAUACUGAGGUAUUGUGUAAGUAAACUGUUCCAUAUGAGUACAAUAUGAGCACAAUUAAAUCCCAAGUAUCCCAUUGCAA